UGAUAUUUGUCCUGCAAUAACACUAUUAAUAAAAUUCCUAAAUUCGAAUAGCUUUGGUGGAAACCAACAUGGCAACUGCAUUGGGCGGCCACAGCUUAUCUGCUUUAACAAAUUCUUGUGUCAAACUGCCGAUCAAUCCUCGAAGUAGGCUUGCGGCCACCUUCACUGAGAGAGGAGGCUCAUUCAAGCCAUACAGUGAAAAACGGACUGAAGAUGAAGAAAGAGAAUUGGUGAACGAUACUGCCCCAAACGGCAUCCGUUAUGGCUACGGCGAUGUUCGCAAUCUUGACAAUGGCCACGAUUAUUCAGACGGCCAUGACGGCGGUCAACGUGAGCCUGUCAAUCAAGACGAACACUCGAGACUACAACCUGAUCAGCUUUUCGAAAGCCUCAAAGACAACAUCGACUCCUACACUGAUGAAGAAUUUUACAGGAAGCUGACAGAAAUGAAGGAUGAACACAGGAAAACAUUGCAUAGAUUGGAAGUGUUGUAUGAUCAAAAGUUGACAUUGAAUGGACACGAUGUCCCAGGAAGUAAUAUUGAAGUUGAGGAACCACCCUUUACAAAGUCUGGGCCUGUCUACAUUGGAGACCACAAACUUUGUCACAUUGAUGAUGAAAUUGAACAGUUCACAAAAAGCCAUGAUUGGUCAGCAAAGAAGGAUCAUGUGAAGGACAUGUCUGCAAAGCCUCCCAUUGGCCGCCCUAAAACGGCAUGGGCAGGCAAGUCAAGACGAAGUUUACGCCGCAGCAUGCCAACAGAAAACUGGAGUGAUAUCACCUGGAACAGUGACAGUGGUCAAGACACAAGUGGAUCAGAGUUGGAUGUCAGCAACAUGAGCACUCAAAGUCGAAGGACCCAAAAUUUGUCAAAGCCUUACUCAACCAGCCAAGACAUGGUAGAUAGGAUGUGGGAUGACUUUUCUGUGGAAGAGUAUGCUCCUCGAGUAAGGAGCAGCUCAAGAGCAUCAUCAGUGAGGAGCACAGGGAGUGUCAAGUCCAAGGAGUGGUCCCCCAAAAUCACCAUUCCAAAACCUUUCCAGAUGACACAGCGAGAAGCGACGAAGGAGAAAACCAAAUCCAGAGCCUGUUUGGAGUUGGAGCAAGAGCUGGCUGAGAAGGAAAAAGCGGAGGAGGCAGAGUGUCAGAGAAAGUUUAAGGCCACACCGGCGCCAGUGCACACAUUUAUGCCGCUGUAUGAUGAAAUCCAAGAAAGAGACAUCGAACGAAGCAGAAAUAAUCGGGAGAAUAGCAAAACCCGCCUGUUGUCACAGCAGAGGCCAUUUAGCUUUGUGAAACGAGAAGAAGAGAAGAAGAAACACCGCAGAUCUCAGUCACUGCCACUAACAGAGGCCAAAGGAAAGAAGCCCAAACAGUUUAAAGCCAAAGAGAUCCCCAAGUCUGUGUUUGACCCCACGGUAUCCGACCGGAUCCUUGAGGAGGAAGAAUACAGAAAAAUUCGGAUCAAAAUGCGAUCAGAAGAGAUGCUGCGCCAGUCAUCACUGCCUCCAAACAUGCAGCACCGUGGUAAGGAGUACACUGAUGGAAAAAUGCGGCAGAAGCUGUUUAAGAGUCGAGAGAAGAUGGCCUUUCUCACCACGGAACACAAGUUCCGUCCACAGGUCAAUGGUGAAGUGCCCGACUAUGACGAACUGUACCGGCAGUUUCAACAGGAAGUGCAACGCAAGAAGCGAGAAAAGGAACCCACAGUUGUGCAGCCUUUCAACUUACGCACAGCCCGCAUCCCGUCCAAGAUGAAUAAAAUCCUGGAUGAAAUGAAGCAGGAGGAAGAAAAGCGGAAGGAGAAGCUGAGGGGAUCCAGCUCCAAGUCACUGAGUCUUCGCAGCUCUCUUAACAUCUCGGAAGAUGUGAUCCCAGCUAAGACUACAGCAGCAUCCAAAAUGAGGAAGAGCGUCACAGAGAGGGCCCUCAGGGAGAAAGCAGAGAAGGAGAGAGAAGAGGCAGAAAGGGAGAGACAGAAAAGGAUCAAAGACAGGAAACUAAAGCAGUUCAUCACCAGGAAGGCCUUAGCUAACGACAAUUCGGAGAGUCUUUCUGUCAGCAGUAAAACCAAGCUGCAGAAUUACAUCCAAGCGGGGAAGUCCAGACAAGCUGAAUACGAGCAGCAGCUGAAGGAAAUGAUGUCAAGGGUGGAAUCUCGACCGCUGCUCUUUGAACGACAAUCCCAGGUCAACGCCAAGAAAGCGGCUGAGAAGAAGUACCAACAGGCUUUGCAAGAUGCAGGCUUGGAUGAGGAAUUCCUGGUUCGCAAAGGGCGUGGUAGUAUCACCCAGGCAUCCAUGCGGUCGUACGACUAUCCUGACGACAGCGACGAAGAUCUGACCUUUGGCCGACAAGAUGAUGUGGAUGUGUCUUUAGGCAGUGCCAAGGGAGGAAUGGGGUCACACCAGGAGGGAGGGAGCCAUAGCUACGACAACGACUUUGAUGACGAGGAGGACGAUGAUGAAAAUAGAUCCAUCAGCUCAAUUCAUAGCGAGGAAGCUGAAAUGUAGGAUUUUGGGGGCUUCUGGCAAGAGCUGAUGAUUGUGGUCUUUGGUAUGUGUAUGAGAAAAAUGAAGUCACAGAAGAUGACACACCACUGUUAGUUGGCAUCAAAUGUCACACCUUGCACAUAGCAGCCACAGUCCUCCGUGUACCCAAAUGAUUGAUUACAGCCUCAGCACAAUAAUGAAAUCUUACAGUGCCAGAAUGACCUAUUUUUGCCUUUAAACUUUACACAUUCAGUGUUUGAGGGCUGAUAUGCUGAUAGCCAUUUGGUCAAUAGGGCCUUGCAUUGAUGAUGCCAUACUCUACAUGUACACUUUCCUACAUAACCAAUCAGGCCCAAGGUCCACUGGGCAGCAUAGGAAAAGUACACACAAAGUAUGGGUGUCAUCAGUACAGAGGUCUGUUGUACUGAGCUGCUUAGCAGGGACAAGUUGCUAAGCUUAAACAAAUAUUUUUCUGGUAAAGACAGGUUUAGCAGCCAAUAUGUCAUUUGAUAUGCAUUGCUUGUGAUUGGCAAACAGCUACUUUCUGUUUUAGCAUGUCAUUUUAGCAAAGCAAUUGUGUUCAUGGUAUGUGGCCCUCUUCCUUUGGUUCUUUGUUUCAUCUCCAACUCGUCAUUGCUUGUAAACUCACUGAUUGUUUUUUUUCACUGCUAGCCUUCAAAUACAUGUAAUGGGUUUUUCCUUCAAUCGUAGAACAAUCCCACAAGGUCUGGCUUUUUUUAACAUUUCCAUAUUUUUAGUACAUGCCAGGGUUCAAAGGUUAUUUGAAAUGGUUUGAAAAAGAUGGAAUAGAUACAUGUAUAUGUUUACUGAAAUUGUAGAAAGUCACCUUCAGAAGAAAAGUGUUAGAGUACGACACAUAAUGUAAGUACCUGUAGGUUUAAUGAAAAGAUGUAAAUUAAGGUUUCUAUGAUUCCUAAAGCAUACAUGUAUACAAGUUAUGCAAGAAGUUUUGCAAGCAGCUAAAUGUACAUGUAUGCUGUGUCAGGUGACAAACUACUGCACCUGCAAAUCAAAAAUCAUUUUUGGAUAGUUUCUGCGUUUUUACUAGUGGGAACAUAAAUUGUAUUCAGGUGCACAUUAUGCAUGUUUUGUACACAUUCUGGUAUCAAAUUGUGUGUUAUUCAUUCGAAAGUGCCUAAAUGUUUACUUGUUGUAUGUACAUGUAAGCCUUAAAAAGAGAAAAGUCUUCUAGUUUGCCAAGGCAUGCAUUCCCAUCCAAAUCCAUAGAAAAGUGAUAUGCAGAUAUGUUUAUUUUCUGUGAUUGCACACAGUAGUGUUUCAAUUCAGGAAUUACAAAUGCAACAAAUUUUGUAAUUGUAUACGAGAAAGUAAGUUGUAAAUACUUCAUGAAAAUUCAAUAUUGAAAGUUAUGUAUAAUUGUAUACUUGUAACAGAAUUUUUUCAGAUCUAUAUACAUGUACUUGCAAAGUAGUGAUUUGUAAAAAAUUUGGUGUUUAGUUUUCAGCUUACGUGUACAUCUCCAAUUACGGAUACUGAAGCAAUGAAUGUGGGUGUACUGGGCCAGAAUGGUUAUGAUUCUGGACUUUCAAACAGAUGGUAGGAUUUGUAUGCAGAUGUAUGCAUACAAAGUAUAAAGCAUACAAAGUAAAAAUUUAAUACCUCGUGCAUGCCACAUGACAUAAAUUACCUCUUGCACCCUGCCUUGCACACAGAGCUGUGUAACCCCCCCACGUCACAUUUGACAGGAAAGCUUUGUGUUUAUUACUGGCACAAUAUACCGGUGGUGGGAAUGAACAGAAAAGAUGUUCACUUAAUACUCGGUCAAGGAUUGCAAGGCAUCCUUGGCUUCACUUCAGGUGGUCUUGAUUUCAAAAAGUUGAUACGUCAUCGGUUUACGGUGAUACUCAGUUGCUGCAGGAGGGCCUUGUCACAGUGAACCGCUAUCACCCACAAACCUCCAGCAACAAUAACAACACGUUUUUGGUGGUCCAUAGUUGUAGCCAGGGGUGAGAUUUGUCACACCUUUUCCUAAUUCAAGGACUUUAUCAUCUGGAUUUUCCUGAUUUCAGGAUUUUUCAACAAUCUCCUUUAACAAUCUGGAAAAUUCUGGAGUUAAAAGUUGUUUUUAUCAAAAGUUGAUAUAGAACACUCGAAAUUGGUAUUUUAAGGGAUGCCUUUAAGCAAACAUAAAUGUACACUGUAUACCAUUAGACACUACACUUCUGUGGGGCACUCAGACUUGUUGUCAUUAGUUUCUGGAUAUUCAGAUCUCAGCCCUGGUUAAUACCCUCUCACAGUAGUAUGUUAUCACUUAUAAAGCUUCAACAACAUCUGGAAGCCAAGAUUUCACCUCAGAUGGAGUGUAUCUGUCUGAUAUGUGUACUCCAGUCAGCACUUGUUCGGUGUAUGUACUUACAUGUAUCCUCGCAGGAGUUUAUGCUUCGUCUAUUCCUGUAGUUCAAAUUGAAUUGUUUGUGCUGUUUGCUUCAUGAAAAAAUAAACAAUUCGCCUUAGUAGAUACUUGU